GUGCACAUUUAAAGGGUCGGGGUCAGCUGACGGCUCGCCGCCGGUAACCAGUUCGGGGGGACACGCAUCGGGAAGCAAUGGUGGGGGCACAGCCGAGCAGACCCCGGGCACCGCUGAGCUGCUGGGCGCGCCGUCGGGGUCAGGUGCUCGCAGCGAUCUUCCUGCUGCUGGUGGCGGUGGCGGGGUCCGAGGCCAGGGUGGAAGAUGACUUCAGUCUGGUGCAGCCGCUGGUGACCAUGGAGCAGCUGCUGUGGGUGAGCGGGAAGCAGAUCGGCUCGGUGGACACUUUCCGCAUUCCGCUCAUCACAGCCACCCCUCGGGGCACGCUGCUCGCCUUCGCCGAGGCCAGGAAAAAGUCUGCGUCCGACGAGGGGGCCAAGUUCAUCGCCAUGAGGAGGUCCACGGACCAGGGUAGCACAUGGUCCUCUACAGCCUUCAUUGUAGACGACGGGGAGACCUCGGAUGGGCUGAACCUGGGGGCCGUGGUCAACGAUGUUCACACAGGAGUGGUGUUCCUCAUCUACACCCUCUGUGCCCACAAGGUCAACUGCCAGGUGGCCUCCACCAUGCUGGUAUGGAGUAAGGAUGACGGCAUUUCCUGGAGCCCACCCCGGAACCUCUCCGAGGAUAUUGGCACCGAGAUGUUUGCCCCUGGACCAGGCUCUGGCAUUCAGAAACAGCGGGAGCCUCACAAGGGCCGACUCAUCGUGUGUGGACAUGGGACGCUGGAGAGAGAUGGCGUCUUCUGCCUCCUCAGUGAUGAUCACGGUGCCUCCUGGCACUACGGGACCGGAGUGAGCGGCAUCCCCUUCGGCCAGCCCAAACACGAGCACGAUUUCAACCCCGACGAAUGCCAGCCCUACGAGCUUCCAGAUGGCUCCGUCAUCAUCAAUGCCCGGAACCAGAACAACUACCACUGCCGCUGCAGGAUCGUGCUCCGCAGCUACGAUGCCUGUGAUACCCUCCGGCCCAGGGAUGUGACCUUCGACCCCGAGCUGGUGGACCCAGUGGUGGCAGCAGGAGCAGUAGCCACCAGCUCAGGCAUUGUCUUCUUCUCCAAUCCAGCCCAUCCCGAGUUCCGAGUGAACCUGACCCUGCGCUGGAGCUUCAGCAAUGGUACAUCCUGGCAGAAGGAGAAAGUCCAGGUGUGGCCAGGGCCCAGCGGCUACUCGUCCCUGACAACGCUGGAAAACAGCACGGACGGAGAACAGCAGCCCCCGCAGCUGUUCGUUCUGUAUGAGAAAGGCCUGAACCGGUACACGGAGAGCAUCUCCAUGGUCAAAGUCAGCAUCUACGGGACGCUCUGAGCCCUGGACUCCGACCUCACGGCUGGCUCUCCCUCCCGGGGUCUGCAGAGGGGGCCUGAAACACAGCUCUUCCUCCGUUUGCAGAAGCAACUUCUCUUUGACAGGGAAGUCACUGGGUUAUGACAUAACGGCUCAGCUUCCUCUCCCCCAGGCAGGAAGUCCCUCCAGCACCAGGAGCACUUUCCAGAAAGCUGGGGACAGCCCCACGCGCUCUCUCAGGACAAGGCAGGGACAGCAUGGGCGCGGGGGUGUUCCCUGGAGUGAUGACUAAAUGUGAACCCCGGGAACUGGGAAGGCCAGCGUCCUCCUGGGGUUUGGACUUAAAGAGGAUUCCAGGAAGAACCCGGGGCAGAAUGGCCUUUCAGAGUAAGGGGUAGGCGCACACACACAACCUUGAUUAUUUAUAAAUCAAAAUAUUUGUAACUUAAAAUUUUUAAUGAAGGAGAUAAAGCGUU